AUGCAUUUCCUGACAUUGCUGAUAGCAAGUCUAUCAAUUGCGGGCCUCUCGCAUGCACAGGAUGUAAUUUCUGAUACAGGUCUCGCCGGCCCAGAAGUGGAGAUUGUCCACCGAUACAACGAUCAAUGGCCCACAGGAAUCACCGUAUCCCGCACCGGCCGAAGAUUCUCAAACUACCCACCAGGCCUCGACGUAAACAACACCAACGACGGCACAAACAACAAAUACACCGUCGCGGAGCUAAACGGGAACGACACUGAAAGUCCCUACCCAAAUGCCGAAAUCAACAACCCACCGGGAGGUGCUAUAAACUACUCCACAUACCCAGCAACAGGCGCAAACCACCAAACCCACCUCAUCGGCGUACAAUCCGUCGUCCUCGAUCCACUGGACCGCCUCUGGAUCCUCGACACAGGCCGCGCCCUCACACCCGAUGGCACGCUCGUCCCCGCAUCCUACGGCGGACCGAAACUCGUCGGCGUGUCACUGGCCAACGACACCGUCAUCCAGACCAUCGUCUUCCCCCCGACCGUAGCGUUCGCGGACUCGUACCUCAACGACGUGCGGUUCGAUUUACGCGCCAACCUCACGCAGUCGGGGAAAGGCAUCGCAUACAUCACCGACAGCAGCAGCGAGGGCCGCAACGGCAUCGUCGUAGUCGAUCUCGGCUCCGGCGAAAGCUGGCGCCACCUCAACGGGAUCAACGAAGUGCGUGCAGAGCGUGGGUUUGUGCCGUAUGUCUGGGGCGUUCCACUCUAUUACGUAUCUGGGCCGGGCCAGCCGCUUGAGACGGUUCCUCUGGGCGCAGAUGGGAUCGCGCUGUCUGCUGAUGGCGAGGAUUUGUUCUGGGGCCCUGUUGGCGGACGCACGCUAUAUAGUAUCCCGACCGCUAGGUUGCGGGACCGAGGGCUGAAUUCGGAAUUGCUGGCUCAAGCGGCGGUGGAGAAUCGCGGGGAGAGAGGGGUGAGUGAUGGGUUUGAGACGGAUUCGAAUGGGUUUAUCUAUGCGGGGAAUAUGGAGCAGAAUGGUAUACUGUUUUAUAAUCCGGCGAACAGUAGCACAAGCACUUUCGUGCGUGAUCCCAGGAUCAAUUGGGUCGAUACUAGUGAGUGGGAAAAUUCCCUUGUGCCUGAGAAAUGUAGUAGUUAA